AUAAAAGAGCCAAAGCUGUGCCAAUAUACAGCAGCUGCAGCGUAAGAUCAGCUGCAUUUGUCACGGCUGACCCAAAAAAAACACGUGCGCUGCAAAAAAUCGCUUCCAGACGCCGCAGACACAGCCGACACUGAGGCUGCAAAAAGCAACACACCACAAGACGCCGCCGCAGCGAUCAUAACUUGAAACAGCGCCGCCGCAGCGACGCGAUCACAGCGUGCAAAAAGCGCCACCUCCGCCGCGACAACAGCACUACUCACAAACAUGGCCGAGUUCGACGCCGACGCCUUCGCGGACAGCCUCCCCGGCUGGGACCCUGAAGCGCGCGCCGCCUUCCUCGCGUCGCUCGACGACGACGAGGCGCCCGAGCUCCCAUUGUUAGCGGAGUCCGUCGACGAGAUGGACCCGGCCAUGGUCGAGGCGUUGAUGCAGCUGAGGGACGGCGGCGAGCCUCCCUCGGAGCUCGCCGUCGACGCCAAAAAUAGAGGCAAUGCCCAUUUCAAACGGGCGGCGUCGACCAAGAAUAAACUCUUCUACCGCGAGGCCGCCAAGGAGUACUCCGACGGCCUCGCGCUCUGCGUCGCCGCGCGGAGCGAAGAAAACGAUGAAGAGGACCCGCAGACGCGGCUCACGUUGCACGCGAACCGCGCGGCGUGCUCGCUCGCCUUGAAGAACUACGGCGAGUGCGUCAAGGACUGCAAGGCCGCGUUAGCCAUCGACGAAACCAACGCGAAGGCCGCCUACCGCCUCGCGCGGGCGUUGAUAGGACUGAAGAAGCACAAGCAAGCGCGGGACGCGGCGCAGUGGGGCCUCGCGAGCGCGCCCGACGACAAGGCUUUGACAAAGACCUUGGCGGAGGCGCAGCGCGGCCUCGCCCAGGCCGACGCCUACGCGGCCAAGGUCGCCGCAAAGAACGCGUCAGAAGCCGCGACGCACCGCGCCGUCUUCGACGCCUGCGACGCGCUGAGCGUGCGCCUCGGGCCCGCGCCGCCGGCGACGGGCCGCGCCUACGACGCCUGGCCCUUUCUGGAGGGAGGGGAGCUGCGCGUGCCCGUCGUCUUCGCCUACCCCGAGGUCGACGACGCGCCCCCCGAUUUGCUUGAGGCCUGCGCGCCCUCGGACUUGAUCGCCGACUGGCUCUUGACGUUAUUUCCGGACGACAACGGCCCGGCCUGGGAUACUGCCGGCGCGUACCGCGCGCCCGUAGUUACAUGCUACGCGCGGCUGCGCCAGGUCACGGGCUUUUACCGGGGCGACGCGUACGCCGAGUACCGCGCGCGGCGCGAGAAGGAUGGGGGCAGGUUCGACGGGGAAGACGCGCGCGACGACGCGUACCUCGAGGUGCCCGCGGCGGCGGCGUUUCUGGACGUGCUCUCGCACCCGCACUUUGUCCUGGGCGGGCCGUUAGUCGUGGAAGUGCGAGCGCCGUCGGCGGACCACGACGGCUGGCGCGCGCGGACCAAGGUGCGGGAGAUGUCGCUCGUCGCGGCGUGAGGCGUGUAAUGUCUGUGUUGUUC